GGACUUCACCCGCUGUCGCCAUGGCGGCUCCCCCCAGGAUACACUUCGUCCGUCACGGACAGGCGUUUCAUAACCUCUCUGCAGACUUAUACCACCUCCCCGAUCCCUUACUGACUCCCCUUGGGAAACGCCAAUGCGAAGAACUCCGCAAUACCUUCCCCCACCACGCCUCGAUAUCAAUCAUCAUCUCCUCCCCCCUAACGCGGUGCCUCCAAACCUCCGUGCUCGCCUUCCCCGCCACGAUAUCCCUCCACCCCCGUCCGAUCGUCGCGCAACCCCUCCUCCAAGAAACCUCCCAUCUCCCCUGCGACACCGGCACCGCCUUUCCCCUCCUCCUUGGCGGCCUCCCGAACCUCCUCGGCAUCUCCGCCGCGCGCGUCGACCUCUCGCACCUCACCGACCACGAGUGGCUGGACAAGCGGGCGAACGGCCCGCACGGGACGUCGGGGAAGUCGCUGGAAGCGCGGGCGAAGAGUGCGCGGCAGUGGUUGCGGAUGCUAAGGAAUAAGGGGCACACGGACGUGGCGGUGGUGUGUCAUGCGGGGUUUCUGGGAUGGUUGACGGGGACGCGGAGGGCGAGUUGGGCCGUGCAGAAGGGGAAAGAUCAGUGGGAGAACUGCGAGUGGCGGACGUAUGAGUUUGUGAGCGGGGAUGAUAAGGAUGCGGUGUUGGUGGAGGCGGCGGAAAGUCGGGUGAGGAGGGGGGUGUGUUCGGAGGAGGAGGCAGCGCAUGAGGAGACGGAGAAGAGUGCGGCGAGGAAGAGCUGGAAGGACUUGUUAAAGCCGAAGAAGGGGGAGAGGGAUGAGGAUGGUGGAGAGGGAUAUGGGGGGGAGAUGGAGAGCCUGAAUAAGGCACAGCACACUACGCUGAUGAAGAAUCGAGACUGGGUAGGCGGGUAUUGA